UCUCGUUGGCCUUUUCCUCUUGGAAUGGAAGGUUUUUGCAAAAAAAAAAAAAAUAACAGACGAAACGUUUUGCAACAGAUUCGGCAUAAUGAUUCCACCUCAGUAGAAUUCCUAAUCUCGUUAUUGAGGUGAUUUGUCUACGUGAGCUUCCGUACUGUUCAUUCAGCUGAGAGCUGCAAAGAGCGAGUGGAUGGGGGGUUUGUGCUAUCUGGAAUUUCUAUCCAUUUCAUUCUUGUUGUAUGGACAUCUAUGCAAUAGUGAGGCAGAAAAUGGAAACCGUGGAAAAAUGGAACAAAUGCCUAAUAUCACCUAAAUUGUUGGAUAGAAAAGUAUUUCCCAAACAAAAUGGCAAGACAGGCAUGAUUGUGAAGCAUCUUCACAACACAUUCAGACUUCAACAUAGUUUACAGAUACAGUCCAUCAGUCGCUCAGAAUGUGCCACUGGCUCCUGUCCAAAUUUGAUGAUGAGUAGGAAUGAGCACCACGAGCCUCGGCCUGUCCCUGUUGCCCUCACCCCCCAGCUUGUCCCAAGGGCACACCGGCCCCUCUGCCUCUCCGUCUCCUCAGAUAGCAAUGGCCGCUUCAAAGCUCUGGAGACCCAAGAGUGGAAGAACAAUCUCAAAGCCCAGAUGGAGCAGGCCCACAGUGCAGGAGCAGCCAGCAGCACAGGCUCCCUGGAGAGGGCCUCAUUGUUUUGUGCCUCUGGUUCCACCACGGCCUCCAGCUCUGGCCUAUCCAGCCCUGUGGAGAACCUCACCAAGAGCAAGUCCUCCAGCCGCUUCUCCCUAUUUUCCCCUCCCUGGAACAGUAGCUCAGAGUCCGACUCCAACCCCCCCUCCCGCUCCGGCUCCAAGAAGCUGCGUAACUACAGCAUGAGAGCUGCCACAGGUCCUGCCGGGGUGGGGUCAGUGGGCAGGGCGGGUCCACCAGACACCCCAGACACGCCCAAACAGAACGUCCCGGAACACUUCCAGUACUCUGAGCCCGUCAUCUCCAAGGUGACGGACUACAUCUUCGUGGGCAACCUGAACGCAGCGUACAACGGGCGCACGCUGUGUCGCAACAACAUUGACAGCAUCAUCGACAUGAGCAGCAUGCCAGGGGACUCCGGCCCAAGUCUCAGCCUUAUCCCCUGCACCUGCUCCCGAGGAGCCCGCCACAGCUGGUCUCGCCUCAAGGUGGACAUCUGUGAUGUCCCAGACGCACUGGGCGAGGGAAGCCCCGCCCUGAAGCAGCACUGCUUCGAGGACAUCAACGAGUGCAUCGAGGCUUCCACAGAAAAAAGGAAACGAGUGCUGGUCCACUGCCGUGACGGGUACUCCCUGGCUCCGACCUGUAUCAUCCAGUACCUCAUGGUGAAGCAGAAUAUGCGUCUGAUCUCGGCUUAUGAGCUGCUGAGGGCCAAGUACCCCGUUAACAUCAGGGAGUGUCACCAGAAUGUGCUGGUGAGCCUGGAGAGAGCUCUGCGGCCUGGAGGCAACGUGGACCCAGAGUGCUUCAAGCAGGCUAUCUCAAGGAAAGUGGCCUGGACCUGACCUGGCUCCUCCCCUUCCACUCCCCUUUCCCUGUAGUUUGGCCCUCUUUAUUUUUCUAAUCUAACCGUGGCAUUCAAUGGAUAUUUUUCUAUGGACAAUUUUUGAAAGGCAGCUUUACUUUCUGUCAUAGUCAACUGGAUAUGGAGAUGUUGCCACUAACAGUGAGCUUCAAAAGUAUUGGGACAGUGACACAUUUUUUUAUGUUUUGGCUCUGUACUUCAGCCCUUUGGAUUUGAAAUGAUACGAUGACUGAGGUUAAAGUGCAGACUGUCAGC